AGGAACUUGAUCAAAUGAAUUGGUCAGCCCGAGGUAAUGUAUUGAAUCAAUAUUUGAGCAACACUUCAAUUGGAACAACAGUAAUGCUGACAAAACUGGAAAUUAUUUGAAAUAUGUAUUAAGUGUGCAAUACCAUUGGCCAGAAAAAAUCUCGGGUGUGCACUUGCCGUACUCUGCAGUCUGGCUUGAUAUUUCAUAUUUGCCUUGAUAUUUGCCUCGAUAAUAACUUGCAGCUUUUGUCACACUUUUAGUUUAAAAAUUCACAACGUUAGGCAUCUUACCUACCAAUGUAACUUUCUUUUUCUUAGCAAUAUUAGUGUGGGGAGCUGACGGACUGAAUGAACGUUUUUGACUUCUUUUUGAUCUACUGGCGGCCAUCUUGACUGCACGAAGUUCCAGAGGUCUGGGGCGGACUUAGCAACAAUAAACAAUAUGGCGGACAGUUUUGUCGUUAUUUUUGCAAAAUUUUGACGUUUGUAUAAUUUUCAUGGACCUCUAGUAUACAAAAGUGGCCUAUUGGCCUUAAACUAUUUGAAUGAGUGGACGAGACCUUCGAACGUUCGUUAAUUUUCAUAGAAAUGCUAUUGGUGCGUCAGGUAGGCUGUUUCUGUUUGAAUAGUAUCAGUGUGAAAUUGCUGUGCUGAGUGGUUAUAUUACUACCUGAAAAAAACAUAAACUGUAAUUGCAAACUGUAAUUUAAUUUGUAAUUUUAAUAGCAAGAAAGCUGAAUAGUGACGAAUAAACCUAAAGCACGGUAAAAACCGUAUACGUACUACAGUAUAGCUAAACUUAAGUCUUAAGAGCAUUCUCUACUCGUUAGCAUAGCUUAUUAAGUUAGAAAUUCUGGCACAAACUUGAGCAAAAGAAAUGUAGUAUAUCAACCACAAUAUUGACAUAAAUGCAGAAAGCAUGUGUAUAUUAUCUGUGAAGUUCAACUUCUUUAUACACUGACUUGUGUAUGCAGAUCGUUGUGAAGGAUAGUCUGUCAGACCUUCUGGACAAUACUAACUAUACGUUACACAGCAACUUCUCGAAAAAUACUUUAUUUUAUAGCUAUUGAUUCAGCAAAAUAGGAAUAUUUGCUUGUGAAGAGAAGCGUUAAAACAAAAGUUGGAUCACUUCCUAUUUUUUCGCUUUUGCGUGAGAAAAUAGUGUUUAUGCGUGUGAGCGUGAGAAAUAUGUCAAAUGCGUGUGUCUCACGCAAAAUGCGUGAGAGUUGGAAGGUCUGACUCUGUGUGUGUACACGUCUGUGUCACAGAAUAAGAAGUUAUACCAGAAGCGUAACUCUAGUCGUUUCCCUUAUUGUUUGACGUCCACGAAAAUUUUAACUCGCUCACGUCAGGCCACGCCAUCCUGGCUAGUACAGCCGGAAGUUUUUAUCAGGAUUUGGUAGGUACAAAGUGCCGGUUGUACUAGCCAGGAUGGCGUGAUUGAGGACGUGAUUGAUGACGAAUCGCUUGUAAAAACGCGGACAAAUAUUUGCUCCAGUUACGCUUCUGGUAUAACUUCCUAUUCUGUGUCUGUGUGUAUGGGGCUUCACUGCUUCAGUGCAACCUCAUACCCAGGCUCUUUCCACUACGCGCCUCGCUGGAGGAAAGACCCUGGUCCAGGCUGGUCACGUGUCUCCCAGAUUUUGGGAGAUAACAAUUGGGACUUAUAGGAGGUAAGGAAAGCAAAUGUGGCAUUCAAGUUCAAAACAAUACAAGGAGUGUGAAUAAAGCAAUACAAAGGACUGUACCAGGAAAGAAGGUUUUAUUGAUAUGUAUUUUUCAUAAAAUACGUCCUAAUGGUUAUUGUAAGGGACGAAAUUGUUAAUAAAGCCUGGCUGGACGUUAAAACUCUUUAAAAAGUUAAUAGACGAUAGAUGUUCUUCUCAAAGCUCACUCAACGACACAGUCUCGGGUUUAGUUCUACAUAUCAACAAGAAAAGGCAGAAUCCUCAGAAAAUUGCUGUCGAGUGUUGUAUUCAGUAGAACAUUUGUUUAACCAGAAUCAUGAUUGGAUAUUAAUUGAUAUUUGUGAGCGAUUAUAAAAUAACCGCUGUUCGCGUAAAGUACUGUGUGGUCGAUUUUCCACUUUUGUUUUAAUAAUUGAACAUAUUCAAUGAAGAAUAAAUAAGUGCAUUAAUAUACACAGUAUUUAGCUCGAUAUUCUCUCUAAUAAAUCCUAUAUUUUGGGUAUUUAUAGGAGCGUAUUUAUUUGCAGUCGAUUGUUUCCCCAGUGAAAUAUGAUCAAAGGUUACAUAAAAUCGUAUACUGAUUACUGUGCUUUUGCUUUAGCUUUAGCUGGGUGAAUGCUUUGUGUUCUGUUUUAGAAUUUCUUUUAAAACUUUUAGCAUAUGUUACAACAGAUAUUAAGGCAUACAUAAGGCCCAAUAUAUUUCUAAAGUUUGUACCUUAAUACGCGCAGUCAAAUUUAAGGUUACAGGACACCCUUUUUGGCGUUUUGCGGAAAAUCGCUACUGCGCGCUCAAUAUCAGUCCGAUUUUAAUCAAAUGUUCACCAAAUGUUCGCCAGUGCAUGCAAAAUAUGAUAACGUUGUAAAAUUAACAAACAAUAAAAUAAUGUAAGAAUUAUUCAGGAAAAUCUUAAAUCGCGGUACCGUUACGCUUUUGAGUUGUGCUCCUGCUGGUUUUGAGUUAUAUUUAUGAAAAUAUCAUUUUUAUAAAGUAAAAUAGUUGUUCUAAAAAAUCUGUUCGGAUAUUUUUGUUUAUUUCGUCAUUCCGCUGAUAUGGCGAUUUCUUUGACGACUGCAAUAUAUUUCUGAAUUAUUUGAGUGAAUUUCUCUUUAUUAUUAAAAUAUCCAAAAUUUAAAAAAAGCCGAACACAAUUUUGAAACUGACGUCUUUAGCUAUGUCCUGUGAAAAUUUGAGAAAUAUUGGUUAAAACCCGCAGGAGAACAACUCGUUUGAAAAUCAGUAUUAAAAUUGCCGUAAAAUUCUUCGGGAGAAUAUUGAAUUUGAAUAUUACAUUUUCAAUGUUUUUCUUAUUGCAGCGAAAUGUAUUUUAUUAAAUAACUCUGCGAGUUUUCAACAUUUUUCGUUCAAACUUGGUCAGAUAGUAGAACUAGUCUAAUGCUUUCAUGGAAACCAAUAAAAAAAUUUAGGCAAAAUUAACACUCAAAGGUGUUCUGUAACCUUAAAUUAACGGAAUUUAUCUGACAAACACCUGGUCUGGAUGUUUGUUUAUAUGAGGAGUCAAACGGCUGAGUCAAAUUUGCAGCAUUUUCACUUAAACGUCUUCGCUUCAUAUUUUCUUUCUUAUAUCAAAAGUAUCAUUAUACAUACAGUUUUAAAAUAGCAACUUUAUUUAGAAUGUUAGGGUUUGCAAUCCAAGUGAUUAUAUACAUUUUAAGACCCGACCAGGAACGACUGCGAAAAAUGCAGCACAAGGUCCUCUGGUAGGAAUCGAACCUACGGCCCUGCGAUUCCGGUGCGGCGCUCUAUAACCAACUGAGCCACAGAGGCCAGCUGUUGAGCUGUAACCGCAAGUUCACGUAUAUAUAGGCAAUCGGGUGUGCGGGCUGCGACAAGGUGGCCUCUGUGGCUCAGUUGGUUAGAGCACUGCAGCGGAAUCGCAGGGCCGUAGGUUCGAUUCCUACCAGAGGGCCUUGUGCUGCAUUUUUCGCAGUCGUUCCUGGUCGGGUCUUAAAAUGUAUAUAAUCACUUGGAUUGCAAACCCUAACAUUCUAAUAUUAGUUCCACCAAGUGAAGUGCAAGAAACCACAUCAUUCAAGUCCAACUUUAUUUACUCUUUAUUGCCUUAUAUAGCUUAUUUUUCCCUUUGCCCGCCGUUUGUCUUUUAAUGUAUGAACGCCAAGCUGAAACUCUUUAUUAAAAACAUGUGUGCAUGAAGAAUUAAAAGUACAUUUCGAAAUAUUAUAAAUUUCAAUAUAUAUAUAUAUAUAUAUAUAUAUAUAUAUAUAUAUAUAUAUAUAUAUAUAUAUAUAUAUAUAUAUAUAUAUAUAUAUAUAUAUAUAAUCGCCUGAGUAUACUGUCUUAUUGAAACACGAGGAAAUAGACAUACUAUCGAUACUCAUGUGCGCACAAUAUAAUAUAUUUUCUUACUGUUAUUUCUAUAUGCAUGUGUCGUGUUAUCGAGCCGUUCCACUUAAUAAAAUUAUUACAAUUUACGGCAAUUUACAAUAGACUCGGCGCUGUUGGUUGCUAGGCAAAUGUUCUUUGCUUGUUCUUGAGUAUAUUACAAAUCCUGUCCUAGUAAUUCUUUGCGGUUUUCCCAAGAUUAAACUGAAAGACUCCAGUACGUAUAGUCAGUAUAGUAUAGAUCUUGCGUAGCGACGUCGCAAAUACAAUCCACAAAGAAUACAUAUACAAAGACACCUCACCCAUUGAUUUUGCAACACAAGCUCUUGCUAUUCGUUAAAAUUACAUGCAUUUGUUAAAAUACACACACUCUGAACUUUAUCGAAUUGAUAUCGGCAACUAGAUCGGUAAAACAAACUUAGCCCCCCACCCUUGUGCAAAAAUUUUGUUAUCUCCCAAAAUCUGGGAGACACGUGACCAGCCUGGACCAGGGUGCGCGUAGUGGAAAGAGCCUGGGUACGAGGUUGGCUUCAGUGAUGCCACAGAAUAGAAAAUAGACCAGAAGCCUCACUAUACACCUUUCCAGCCUCGUGCCCAGGCGCAAUUAACUAAAAAUAGGCACACUGACACCUUUCCCUAACAUUUUCGUGUCCGCGAUUUUUGCCUUGCGGAUCACGAAUUGCGCACGCUAGAUGACGUGUGUGACACUUGCUGCGAACAUUACGUCAGCGUUCGUCAGCGCCAAUUCCUCAAAUCAACGUUUUUUUCUUGAAAUUCGAAAAACAUGCUCAAAGUGUACGCUGCAUAUUCUGCAAUUAUUGUGCAAAUAUUUUACGCUUUUGUUUUUUACGUUGUGUAUUCCUGUUGCGAUGACUCAUUAUUUGGACCUGUGGCAUUUAAAAACGGUUAAAACAGCUAUCUUUAUUACCUAGUGAUGGCAAUUGAUGGCGUUGCUCGCGUUUGAUGGCGUCGUGAUUACACUUGCUGGCUCGCGCUUGCACAUAAAAAACCUCGGACAUAAUUUUGGCUAAGCGAGGCUUCUGGUCUAUUUUCUAUUCUGUGGUGACGCAGUCAUCAGAGCAAGCGCCUUUCACCUCUGAGUCAGUCAACAAGUCAUGGGUUUUCUCUGGGUGCUCAGGUUAAAUUCCUCCCACAGGGAAAGUUGACAGGGUGGGUUACUGAUAUAAACACAGUUAAGAAAAUAAUAUCACAAUUAUUGUAAGGAUAAAAUAAUCUAGGUAAGUAUGUAAUUAGGUAAGCGUAUAAUACUUGAUGUAAAGCGCAUUUGAUCUUAUCCACAUGUAAAUUUGCGCUAUAGAAAUGCUAAUCAUAUUCAUAUGAUUAUGAACACAAACAUAGAUGGAUUUUCUGAUUUUGCUUGUGCUGGGUGAGGGGGGGCUGAAAAUUCAAAGUGGGCGAGCGAGGUGGUGCGUAGCAAGCUGCAACAGGGGUCUGGGCACACAGUUGCUAGUGGGGAAAUGGUUGCGGUUUGGUCUUCAAAAUCCUUGUUUGAAUCAUAUACUACUGUCAUUUAAUCGAAUGAGCAUUUAAAUUUCUGAGGGUGUGGUGUAAAUUGCUUUAGGUGGGGUGGGAAAACUUUCUGAGGGGUGCAAAAUAUUGGGGACAAAAUAUUAGGGGGGAGGGGGAGGUUUGGGGUUAGGCACACUCUGCACCCCCUCCAUGAACACAACCUCAGAGCACAUCAGAUAACUCAACUAGAUAAGCACCGGCAAUGUAAGUAAGCCAUAUGAAAAUAUGAGUUUUUUGUUGAUGGAUUCAAUGGUGGGCAAACAAUUUUCAUGCUCUGGACCAGUGAGAUUUGGUGUGAUACUGUGAGAAAUUUGAAAACUAAGUAGAAAAUUGUGAUUGUUGCUUGAAAAGUAAUCAGCUACUUCUUCUAAAGUUUUUAAAACUACCGUUUUAAAAAAGUAGUUAAAAACUACUUGCUAUAAUUGUAAAUUGACGCUACAGUAGCGAACUACAACUACUUCGCUCCUACCAACCCUUGGUAAAUUGUAGAAGGCAACUUGUAUUUUAUAUGUUUUCUGUUUACUGCAUUACUUUGUGAAUAUGUCAUAUUUGUAAACUAAGUCAUAAAUUGUGGAUAACUAAGAGUUAAAUAAUAUUAUAUUUAUCUUAAUUUUUCACAUCGAGUUUCCAUCUCUGGCAUCGCAACACGUCAUAUAGUCGAAUCAACCUUGUGCACAAUUAAAUCGAAUAAUAAUUGGUCUCCCAACAUCAAGCCUUCUUCCUGGCAGCAGGCUUUCCAGACCAAAAAUUUCCUGCCAAUUUUUUUUAUGAAUUUGAAUUUUGAUUGUAAUUCAAUAACAGCGUCGUAUAUUUAACAAUUAUUCGCCGAAGGCGAGGUGAUUAUCGGGGAAUAUUUGCCGAGACGAAGAUUUGACCAAUCAACAUGUAGGAUUUGUUAUGUUCACUUGUGCAAAAAUACUAAACUACCUUACUAAGUCAUAUACUACCUCAAUAUUAAGAAACAAUAUUUGAAUUUUGUUUUCAGAUUGUAAAUCUGAAUUUAUAUCAGUAUUCAUGCACUAUUCAAUAAUAGUAGUACGCCCUUGUUUUCCACAUGUAUCAUAAUCAUGAAUCAUGAUAACAGACAGUCAUAUAUAGCACUGCCACAUGAUACAAAUUUUUAUGUUAUGAUUGUUGUAUGUAUCAGCUCUAAUUGUGAUGUUUGUUACUUUAAUGCUAAUUUGAAAUUUCUCGAGCUUCAUUUUUGAUAUCUUGCUUUUCCUUAAAAAAACUUGUGAGAUUAAAAAAACUUGUUUAAACUUGAGUAACUUCUCUUUGCAUAAGCUUUAACGUGUAUUCCUGUCAGCACAUUGAUCUAUUUUCUUGUGUACUAUUAAUGAGUGCAAGCUUUUACAGUUUCACUAUCAUUGUUUGAAAUGUACAUGUUACCUGAUUCUUUCGUAGAUCCUUCAUUGGUAUCAAGGUUGGUUAAUGGUCAGAAUGUUGGCAGAUACAAAGAAGUAGAUUAUGAGAAGCUGAAAGCAAUUACCAAAUUGAAAAAUGCCGCCGGACACCAAUCUCUACAGAAAAUCAAAUCAAUUCAUCAACUUAGCAAGGAAAAGAAAGACCUGAAUACCUUACAGCAACAUAAAACAUGCUGGAAAAAAGAGUUAAUAAGGUUGAAUAGUUUAUACAAAAGCAAACUUUACGAACUAGACAUGGUCAGAGCUGGCCUACUUUGGGAACAAAGUUCAGUCAAGGAAUUUUUUGUGGAAGCAGAGGAAUAUGAGGAUUUUAUGAAGGAGGAUUUCUUAACGUUUUCCAACAACACAGUAAAACCUGUGUGGGAUUUACAGGAGGAUAUCCAUAUGUGGUUAGAAGAAAACAAAGGUAAAAGUCUAAUAGAUAAUCAGAGAUAGACGUGUUUCGUAAUGAUGGAGGGAAAAUUAAAGCUUUUUUCUACUAUUACCUUUAGUAAAUUACUAAUAAUUGUAUUUCUCACUUUUGACCAAGUGUUAAUUUGGAUUGAAAGUCAACAAUAAACCGAAAAGUGGAAAUUAUGAUUGUACUUACCCCCAAGAGCAAGACAGGCAGUGCAUGUCGUGCUGCUCCUGCAGUAUAAAACAAUAAAACAUCAUGAUAAUUAUGUUUUGGUGUUAAAUAAUAUCAGUUGGUAUUUUUACCGGCCUAAUUGCCUCGAUUAUCUCGCUGCGCGCACUCUAUAACGCAGUCCUUCGUGUUCUUCAGGCAAGUACGAUCAUAUAUCUUUCCACCUUUAGGUUUACAUGCAUUGUUGAUUACCUAGGUCUACUGAUUCACUGACUGACCGAUUGGUUGACCAACCAACAGACUAACUAGUGACUUUGGAUAUUGAUGAAACUACCUGAAAAAUACAAGCAGAACUUUCGACGUUUCGAGCGAAGGCUCUUCGUCGAGAAGUUAGUGGUGACUAAUUUUCCUUUCCUUUUUAUAUUUAUUUAUUUAUUUGUGAAAACCAUAUCCGUAUCCGGCCUCCAUACAUGCAACCGUCUCCAAGUUGAUUAAAUGACCAACUACCUGACAGAUCGACUGGCCAAUCCAAAGCCUUGAAAGUUACCCACGCCCCAUGGUGACCGCGGUGCACCUUGGGAAAACGUUUUUAUCAUUGUUACAUUUGUUUUACAAUUGUUGUAGGACAAUCUGAUCCCUCUGAAGUUUCGAGAGUUCUUCAGUCAGUGAAACUACAGCAAAGAUACAUCCUGGAACAGCUGGAAGAACAACAAGCUGAAUUAGAAAAUGACUUAGAUGUAAUAAGACUGCAUCACGUGAUUCAUGAUGAUGAAUAUCCACAUAUCACCCCUGGUAUUCCUGAAGAGGCGUCGUUAUUAACUUGUCCUUAUGACGAUUUGAAAUCAGUCGUUUUAAACGAAUUUGAGUUGUUGGACAAGAGAUAUAAAACGCAUCUUGAUUAUUUGAAUGUUAAGUAUGCUGACGUUAUAGAGUAAGUGCGGCUAUCACUAUUUCUGAUAAUUUACACUUUCCUCGCUUGGCACCCUGGGAAACUAUUUUGCAGUAAUCCAAACUGCUCGUUGCAGGAGUUUAGGGGCAUCUUCCUGCAAGUGUGGCGGCUAACAGGGGAAACACACCUGAUUAAAAAAGACGGGUUUCCAUGUAAUUCAUAUUAGAAGACGGAUUUCCAUGUAAUUCAUAUUAGAAGACGGAUUUCCAUCUGAGACAAUAUCUGAGACGGGAUACUCGUCUUAGACAAGAAACUCGUCCAGAUAUAAAAGAAACUCGUUCAGUUAUAUCAGACGAAUAAACCAAGACGGGUUUCAGUUAAUAAGGUAAGAAAAGAAAGACUGCGUUGAGGGUUUCCGAAUUUUUCAUGUUUAUCCGUCCGAUGAUUUUCGUGAUCAGAUUGAAAUCCGUCGGACGAGUUUCCCGUCUUAGACGGAAAUCCGUCUUCCGGCUAGAAUCAGCAAUCUUUAUAGGAGAUACAACUACCUGAAAAAUAUAUAACGAAUUUCGACGUUUCGAGCAAAGGCUCUUCGUUCCGAACCGUCGACGUUCUUUUUAUAUUUUUCAGGUAGUUCACUAAUAGCGUAGUUGUAUAUCUCCUAUAAAGAUUGCUGUUUGUACUCUUGCUGCCUAUACACUGACAUAAUAUAUACUGACAUAAUACAGUAGGUAAGAUCUCACCUCAGGCUAGAAGGCGGUGUCACUCGUGUGUAGUAAGAUGUUCCAUAUUGCAUGUGAACGCUUCAUCCCAGCUGUUCAGGAUGGACUCUUUGCCGAUUUUCAUUUAUAUUGGUGUCGGACGGUUUUAUUAAUUAUUUAUAAUGUUUUAUUUGUACUCUAAGGAAUAAAGACGAAGGCUGGCCAAAAGAAGAUCACCUUCGAUUUCAAUACAUUCUGGAUCAGUAUGCAGCUGAUAUGCCAAACGGAAGAAGUUUAUAUGUAGAUAGGAUGAUGAGAGAGAUGCCACAUUUAUCACGACAUGUUAUUGUAAGCUUUCAUUGCUAAAUACACUAAAUUUAUGUGGUUUAUCUUUAAAUCAACCAGAUAAAAGGUUUCUAGUACAAUUAUUGAAAAAUCCUUUUUAUUAACUCUAACAGUAUCCCUUACCCGUGAACUGUACUUGUAAAAAACAUUUGAAUUCCUUUUACACAAAAUUCCUUGAUGUCAAACAUUUACCUUCAAAAUAUUUUAGACUUUUAGACUAAUUUCACUAUACGAAUGUUAAAGCUUUCUAAGAAUAUAGACAGGGACAUGAUUCUAGUCCAGUCUUGAUUAUAAAAAUAAUUAUAUUUCGUUGAUUAGUUCUGGCAAUACAAAUGUCGAACGAAGAAGAAAAAACUACAAUUUUGUUUGACUUGGUUUAAUAUUCAUGAUAUUUUCAAUGUAUAAUUAUGUAGGUUGAGCACGAGAGAUGGUGGUUUUCAUAUAAAUCGUAUCAAAGUCAACAGGCAGCAGUCUACACUGCCUGGGAGAAAGACCGCCGAGAUUUGUUAUUGAAAGUCAAAGUCACCUUUGCUGACGCUUGGACUGAAUUUGAAAAUGAAAAGAAACGAGAGGAAAAUCGUAAACAACAAGUGGGAAUAUGCAGAAAGUUACAUGAAAGGGUAAAUGCAAUUUUGUUAUGGAAGGACAGGGGUAUUCAAUUUUAUGUUUCGAUUUUAUGUUGAACUAUAUAGAGAGAACUCUCUGCAUAUCUUCGUAUGAAGCUUGAUUUUCCAAUUUUCAUUAUCUCUCCACAGACAAAAUUUUCUGCAUUCCAUCUCCUGAACUGUAACUUCACAGUUUGAUGAAAUCCCCAGUAUCUGAUUAUGACAUAAAACGUAUAGUCUACAAUAGAAGACUAUAAAAUCUUUAUUUCCUGUCACAUAUACGAACUGCUUAGUACUGUAUGUCCAAAGUACUAACAUUUAUUCUCCACCAUAGGUUGCAGCAUUCCAACAACAGAAACUUGAAGCCUUUCGACUCCGGCAAGAAAUAGAUGAGAAAGUGAGGGAACAAGAAAGCGAAAAACUAAAAAUUGAAGAGGAAAAAGAAAAGAAAAAAAGAGAGAAGAUCCAAGCUAAGGUGAAUAUUUAACAUUUUACUUAUCUUUGGUCUGGCUUGGGAAUCACAAGAGACGAAUUUUACAAUCGUGCACACUUGCAAUUUAAAUGUUCAUCCGAG